UUUUUGUUGCCGCAACAGCUGAUUGCCCGCGGUGCGUAGUCCUGUGAAUGGCAAAAGAAGUGUUCGCAUCUAAGAAGCAGCAGCGGCAGCAGCAGCAGCAAUUUCUUAGUCCAAACAGAAGAAAACGGUUUUAGUGGACGUGGAUGCGAUUUUUGUUGUAAUUUAGUAGUUACUAAUUAUUUUUUGACUUUCUCAAAACGUAUAACAAUAAACGCUGACGUUUAUUCGACGGCGCUACAUGACAGUUGCGAUUUGGCUGGCUGUGACGACUAUUGCGAGUCGAAAACGUCGGCGCAACAGUAACCGAGCCAACGUCAAGCAGCUGAGCUAACAAUACGCAACGUUGCCCUUUUCGUGUCUCGCGUGCGCCCAUGAGCAUCUGUGUCGGUAUCAGUUGCAGAAGUUUUUCGCCGCCAUCGUAAUCAGUCUGCUUGACACGUAUUUAAUUAUAUCGUAGAAAGAUAGGGAGAGACAGCCAAUCUGUGCGCACAGAAUGCGACGUCCUAACGUCAAAUGGCUGAUAAAGACGGCAGUUCUGGUCCUCUUCUCGGUAUUGUUCUUCCUGCUGAUCACCAGCUGGAUUUCGUCCACUCCAUAUACGAACCGGCCUGUGCAUCACGGCAUCGAGCCAGAGGACUCUGCACGGGCAGCGGCACUUCGAUCUGGCGAUCGACGUGUGAAAUAUGAGGAUGCUGUAAGAAUGAAAGCGCAGGCGCAAAUUGAUGAGCCACAGCAUGGAAAGCAGGACGAAAUUCUUGAUGAACAGGAUAUGGAAGACUCAGCGAAAGAAGCUGCAGAUGACGAGCAAAAUCAGGUCGAACCUGAGCAGUUUGAUGCAAAACUCCAGAAAGGCGAUGAAUCCAACUCCGAACUUCAGAUGGCUGCGCCCAUUGAUGAUCUCCAAAAACGGGACUGGCACGACUACACGGCCAUGGAACGGGAUGCCCAACGUGUGGGCAUCGGUGAGCAGGGUAAAAUAGCCAAACUGGAUGAUGAGAGUGUCCGUGAAAACGAACAAAAAGUCUCGAUAGAGAAUGGCUUCAAUGGGUUGCUCUCCGAUUCGAUAUCGGUGAAUCGCUCCUUGCCCGACAUCCGACACAUAGAUUGCCGCAAGAAGUUGUAUCUCCGGAAGCUGCCCACUGUCUCGGUUGUUAUCAUCUUUUUCGAUGAAUAUUUGUCGGUGCUAAUGCGCUCUGUGCACAGCUUGAUAAACCGAUCGCCGCCAGAGUUGCUUAAGGAGAUUAUACUCGUGGAUGAUUUCAGUGAUCGUGCCUAUCUCAACAAAGAACUGGAGGACUACAUUGUCAAUCACUUUGCUGUUGGGCUGGUGCGCGUUGUGCGUUUGCCACAACGUACGGGAUUAAUUGGUGCCCGGUCGGCGGGUGCACGGAAUGCCACAGCCGAUGUGCUCAUCUUCCUGGACUCGCACGUCGAGGCAAAUUACAAUUGGCUGCCGCCGCUGCUGGAACCGAUUGCGAUUAACAAGCGCGCGGCCGUCUGUCCGUUCAUCGAUGUCAUUGAUCACAGCAAUUUCAAUUAUCGGGCACAGGACGAGGGUGCACGUGGCGGUUUCGAUUGGCAGUUCUUCUACAAGCGUUUACCACUGCUGCCGGAGGAUCUGAAGCAUCCAACGGAGCCCUUCAAGAGCCCCGUCAUGGCUGGAGGUCUGUUUGCAAUUUCCGCCGAGUUCUUUUGGGAACUGGGCGGCUACGAUGAGGGCCUCGACAUUUGGGGCGGUGAGCAAUAUGAAUUGAGUUUCAAGAUCUGGAUGUGUGGCGGCGAAAUGUACGAUGCACCCUGCUCCCGGGUGGGUCACAUCUAUCGCGGACCACGCAAGAGUAUACCCAGCCCACGCAAAGGUGACUACUUGCACAAGAAUUACAAGCGCGUUGCAGAGGUCUGGAUGGAUGAAUACAAAAAUUACUUGUAUGCCAACGGAGAAGGCAUCUACGAACGUGUGGAUGCUGGUGAUUUAACGGCACAGAAAGCGAUACGCACGAAACUUAAGUGCAAAUCGUUCAAGUGGUUCAUGGAGAAUGUGGCCUUUGAUUUGAUGAAGAGCUAUCCGCCCUUUGAUCCGCCAGACUAUGCCAGCGGCGCCAUACAGAAUUUGGGUGAUCAAACAAAGUGCGUCGAUACACUUGGACGUAGUCGUCACAAUCGCCUUGGCAUUUACCAUUGUGCCGAUGAUCUGGUAAGGCCGCAGAGAUCGCAGUACUGGUCACUUAGCUGGAAGCGUGACUUGCGGCUGCGCCGUAAAAAGGAUUGCAUGGACGUACAAAUAUGGGGAGAGAAUGCUCCAGUUUGGUUGUGGGACUGUCACGGGCAACAGGGCAAUCAAUAUUGGUACUAUGACUAUCAGACAAAGCUGAUCAUGCACGGCAAGGAAGGCAAACGCUGCAUGGAGCUGCUGCCCUCAACAGAGGAGCUGGUGGUCAAUAAGUGCGACGUGAGCAACUCGUAUAUGAGAUGGUCCUUUGGUUUUGUGAAUAAAACAGCGCUUGACAAUUUCAAUAUAGAUUUAGAAUUAAAACUUGAAUAGUAUUAAAACCAAAAAACCGCUCGACACUUGCCAUGGUACUUAAAACGCAAUUGUGAAGUCUAAUUUUGUAUUUUAUGUAGUUUAUAUACAUAGAUAAGUACCUAGUUUUUAAGCAGAAUAUGGCCCAAAAUAUGCAAUCGCGCACAUUCCAAUUGUCAGUUGUUAAGUACUUAUAAAUAAUAUCCGACUAUAAAUGAAAUUUGACAACGUGUUUAACUUUGUUUGUCGUUUUAUUUAAUAUUAAUAUCUGGUUGCUUUCAAUACGCGUACUUUAAAUAAAUAUAAUUUUUAUGUUUUACUUCAUAUUCUUUA